AUAAGAACUGUGUCCUAUCCAUUAUUGUAUAUUAUCAUUAGUGGUUUUUACUUUUAAGUUUUUUAUUCUUUCCCGCUUGGUUUGCGUGAUUAGUGAUUACUGAUUUAGCUAUAAUUGCCCAAUGCCCACUAUCGUUGUAUCGUUUACCUACGACGACAUCGACGACCGCGAUUUAUAAAACCUAUUGUCUACUCGUGACAAUAGUCAAUAACACUAUUAAAUAAUAACAUACAAUCAAAUACGGGUCGCCCGCACCGUCACACCGUACUGAAUCUACUGGCUACUAAUUCCUCUCAACGUAGUCUGCGCAUAGUACUCUGUAGACUGUAGUCGAAUUCGAGUACCUAUUUGUCCUAUUGACGAGUAAGUAUAUUGUACAGAUCGUCCUGCGACGGUUGAGCUUUCCAACGGCUUUCACACACACACGGUAAUCUCUAAUUAGUUCGUCUGCUGUACGAUUACUGUUCAAACGAGUGUAAUCCACAUCUACUACUGCAAUCAUGUACUCAUCGUAUCAACUGGUGUUGGCCAUCGGGAUGGUCAUCACAGGAUCCAUCAACACGCUCAGCGUCAAAUGGGCUGAUAAUCUUAAAGCUAAAGGUUCAGAUGGCCAGGAGCGUCCUUUUGACCAUCCAUUUUUUCAAUCAUUAACCAUGUUUUUUGGAGAAUUUUUGUGCUUGUUGUUCUUCAAAUUGGCAUAUAGAUAUCACGUAAAAAGACAAUAUCCGAUUGAAGAUAGUCCUAUAGUUAAAGGCAACCAACAAUUCAAUCCAUUUUUGUUCUUUGUCCCGGCAAUGUUUGAUUUGGUAGCUACUACACUCAUGUACAUUGGUCUCACAAUGACUUUUGCAUCUAGUUUUCAAAUGUUAAGAGGUGCUGUAAUAAUCUUUACUGCCAUAUUUUCAAAAAUGUUUGUUCAUCGACAAGUAUCUGUUCGCCAUUGGUUGGGCAUAUUUACAAUAAUUAUUGGAUUGGCCACAGUUGGUAUAUCAGAUUUGUUGUCAACUGAUUCAAACUCAAAAUCUACUAAUGAAAUCAUUCUUGGUGACUCAUUGAUCUUAUUUGCUCAGAUAAUAACAGCUGCUCAAAUGGUUUACGAAGAGAAAUAUGUGGUUUCAAAUGAUAUUCCACCAUUACAAGCUGUUGGUUGGGAAGGUCUAUUUGGAUUCCUGAUGAUGGGUUUGCUUUUAGUACCAUUUUAUUAUAUCAAUGUUGGUCCUCCCCUUGCCGGUAAUAACUCUCGUGGAGUCAUUGAAGAUUUUCCAGAAGCUAUUACUCAAAUAAUGGACAACAAAUGGAUUCUGGUUGCAUUAAUUGGAAACAUAAUAAGCAUUGCUUAUUUCAACUUUUCUGGUAUAAGUGUUGCUAAAGAAAUAUCUGCAACUACUAGGAUGGUAUUGGAUUCCGUUCGAACAUUCUUUAUUUGGACUUUUUCAUUGGCAGUUGGCUGGCAAACAUUCAAUCCACUUCAGCCUGUUGGUUUCCUGUUGUUGCUUAUCGGCAUGUGUAUUUACAAUAACUUAUUGAAAGCUGUGCCCAGAAGAUUGAGAACUGUCGUACACUAUCCUACAGAUGAACCUAUUAUUGGAGGAGAACCUUAAGAAAAUGUGUACAUCUGUGAAUGUUCAUACAUGACUACUUUCUAUAAGUAAUAUUAAAUAAGGAGCUAAUAGAUGAACUGAAUAUUAAUGCACUUAUAGUAUGUUUUUAUAUUAUAAUAAUAUAAUAUAAAUAAUUUAAUUUAAUUAUUCAUACAAUACUCAUUACAUUGAAUAGAAUAUUACUAAACCAAAAUAUAAUACGAUAUAUAUUUGUCAGUAUAUUUUAUAUUCAAUUUUUUUGUAUAAAUUAGAACUAAAAAUUGUAGUUGAAUUAGAACUGCUUUAGUGAACACCAAUAUAGAUUUGAACCAUUACAAUUUGUGAUUUAGCAUAACUGACAAAUGUUUUUAAUGUAUUUAAUCAUGAGAAACAAUAUAUCAAGUAAAAGUGUUUUAAAAAUAUUAUACACAAACAAUAUUAUAGUUCCUUAUUUUAUUUUAAUAAUAUAUUUUUAUUAUUUUUUAGAAUAUUAUUGAUUUUAGAUUUAUAACUAAAUUAUUAUUGCUCAUAGAUCUUUCAUUUGGUGAUUAUGGCACCAACAAGUAACAAUACUUGUAAUAUGUUCGGUAAUGUUGUUCAAGUUAUUUGUUAUAGUAAUUUUAUUGAGCUUUAAAAUAUAUAUUUUUAUUAUGUUUAAUUUUAAUGAUAAAAUGAUUAUAUAUUAUUAAUUAUUAAAUAAAAUUCAAGAAAUAUAGUGCCAGACUUUAAA